GGCCGACGACAGCUGCCGCGAUUGGUGACGUAUCGUGGUCGCGCCUCCUUCCUCACCGCGUUGCGGGCAGACUCUACUUAAAGAAACGCCUGGCAGCACAGCGCACGCCGACACAUUCACCACCCUCGCAGUCUUAUCCCGCGCACUCGACGCCCGCUUAUCUCGCCGCCGUUCGCUUGACACCGGCCCUGGACCAGCACACCCGCAAUUGCCGUUGUUUGACGUUUGACAUUUUACGCCCACGUUCCAUAGCACCUGUACUACCGUGCAUUCGCGUCCCUCACCAUGGCGAGCCCAAAGUCGAAUUACUGUGAUGCGGGCACGCAGACUAAAUGGAAGGGACUUACAAGGGGCGCUACAGUUCGUCCUGAAGCCCUCUUCUCCCCUCCUGCAGACACGCCCACGCCGCCCGACGAUAUGAUGAUAACAGAGAAACCGCAGUUUCUACUCCAGGUCGAGAAUAUCGCCGCUAUUUCUCCCGGUGAACCAUCGCCAGAAGAAGAACAGAGCCUUUCCCGUACUAUGUCACUGCUCGAGAGACGCAGGAAUCCCUCUGGACUUGUUGCGCAUAUCGAUUUGCCUGCCAACGUACUGCCUGACGAUGAGCUCUCGGUCCUCGACGACCAAGUCCCGGCUAAGCGCAGGUCGAUGCCCGUCGCCUCUUCCAUGGCCGACGAGCUCGCAGUCCUCGACGAUGAGAUCCUACCGUCUCCCCCGCCGACCCACGCCGCUCUCACGCCGCUCCCUGCCAUUAAUAGACUCCACGCUGGACAUACUCCCCCAAUCCCCAACCUGUCCAUGCUAUCGACAGUAGACGACGAGAGCCGCUCUGCCACACCGCAACUGGAUAUCAGUCUCACUGGCCCGCUAAGCCUGCCCUCGGACCCAACGCAGGGCGCUGAAGACACGAUCGGUUUGGAAGCUCUGGACGACGUGCUGGCGAGGAUUGCCAAGCAGCAGGAGCGAUUCUCUCCCCAGGACGCACAAGAGUCACAUCAAGCGUCAGGGUCGUCGCCCACACGGGCAACCCACAAUGGCCGGUCAGCCAGCAGGAAAGGAUCCACGACUUCGCGGCGGCCGUCAGACCACAUCAAACCCGUCGACGGCGUUAUCCUGAAGAGCCCGCCGCUGAACUUUGGAGCGCCUAUAGGACAGAUGUAAGCUUCAUGAUUCGACGCAGAGACUUGGAUUGGCUACGGUGUAACAGGAACGGGAUACCCAGGAUGGAAUUCGGAUAGCGGAGAUUUAUAGAUAGAAUUGUGCUCAGCGGGCUAUAGACUACCAGCCACGCGAAUAGAGAGCCUUUGCCCCCAGUCUCUCAUGGUCGUGGAAGCGAUGUGCAGUUCUGGUAUUAUUCAAACCAUCGACAUGACAAAAAACACCACCUCUAUGUACAGAUUCGAGCAGUGGACAUGGUGGUUACCCGAUGGAACGCCGUCAUCCAGCGCCCACCCAAGCACCGCAAUUCCAACGCCGUCCAGCGAUCCCCCCCACGCAUAUCCAAGACGUGUAUCCAUUUCAAAAGUCAUCCAUACUCCCC